UUCAGCGACAGGAGAAAUGAAAAAGUGGGCAGCGCUGCCGCACAAAAUCCUGCUGCCGCUCCGUCUUCAGACAGCCGUAAAAUCGUGGUUCGAGUAGAUCUCUGUGCAGAGAGCGCGAGUUUUCGGUGUUCACAGGAAAAGUGCAGUUUUCCGAUUAAAAGUCGCUUUUCAGUGUGAUGCUGACAAAGAGAAGGGCUGUUUUUGGACAGGCCGUCGAUCUGCCAGACCCCGAUCGUGCCAUUUGAAUUGCACGCGAAAUUAUUGGAGAAAUUUGCGGGCCUUAACAGCGCCAGUGUUCUACAUCAACUGGAAAAGUCACUCCACAACAAUGUUCGGUUCGGAAUCGCUGGCGAAACUGUUUGGCAGAUCAACGAGUUUUCUUCUUCUACUGCUUUACUUCGUCGAACCGUCUGCUUCAGAUGCCACACCCGAAGAUUGGGUGCCGAACUCGUUAAAUUUCAACUUGAAUGGGGAAGACAACACGUUCAUUUCGGCCUAUUUGAACGUCACCUUCAAGACUGAUCAUGGCUGGAAAUGGGACAAGACGGACGUUGGAAGAUAUGGAGGAAGUUACAUUGGUCCUGCCUACGGCCUGCUGGUCCAUGUCACAUCCAAACACGACCAGGCCGAUCAUUUCGGCUGCAUCUAUCCGUACGACAGCUCCAGAUCGGAUGGGAAACUUCCCCAUUCAGAACUUUUGUUCCAGGCACUCCAUGGAUCGCUCUGAUCAAGCGCGGAAAAUGCAACUUUGACGUGAAAGUGGACAACGCGUUUAAGAGCGGAGCUGGCGGCGUGCUGAUCUACAAUGACCGAAUGGCACCGACUUUGGACAAAAUGAAACUUACAAAUGAUCCAAG